GUUGGCAGGCAGAGCCCGAGGGUGCCGUACCCAGCCCACAGUCUGUGUCCUGGAGAGCCUGGCCUUCAGAGCGCAGCAGUUGUGUCAAUGGGCUCAGCUGAUCAUCGACUGAACCUGGCAGAGAUCCUCUCCCAGAACUAUGGUGUGCGGGAAGAAAGGGAAGAAGAGGAUGAUACUCAGGAGAAGCAGAAAUCUUUAGAAGAGCUGGAGAAGAGUUUCAGUGCCUCUCAGAGCAGUGAAAUGCCAUUUGAGGAGCUGCUUGCACUUUAUGGCUAUGAGGCACCUGAUCCCAUCUCGGAGCAGGACAGCGAGAGCAAUGAUAUUACUCCCAAUCUCCCAGAUAUGACUCUGGAUAAGGAACAAAUAGCGAAGGAUUUGCUUUCAGGGGAAGAAGAGGAGGAGACACAGUCUUCAGCUGAUGAUCUGACUCCAUCCGUCACAUCCCACGAUGCAUCGGACCUGUUCCCAAACCAGCCUGGCUCAAACAACUUCCUUGCUGAUGAGGACAAAGAGCCCUGUUCAUCUCCGUGUGCUUCCUCCAUGGCUGAGGAUUCCGAGGAGGAUUCCAUCCCAUCCAACGAGUGUAAGAAGGAGAUCAUGGUCGGACCCCAGUACCAGGCCGUUGUUCCCGCCCUCCAGUCCAACAGGCACGGUGAAAAAGCCUACGAGAACGAGGACCAGCUGCUUUGGGACCCGAACGUACUCCCCGAGAGAGAGGUGGAGGAGUUCCUGUACCGCGCAGAGAAGCGGCGAUGGGACGAGGUGGCCAGCAGCAGCCUGCUGGAGGGCGAGACGGUGAAGGACAACGAGCAGGCUUUGUACGAACUGGUGAAAUGCAACUUCAAUGCCGAGGAGGCGCUGCGGAGGCUGCGGUUCAACGUGAAGGUCAUCCGAGAUGAGCUUUGUGCCUGGAGCGAGGAAGAAUGUAGAAAUUUCGAACAUGGCUUCAGGGUCCAUGGGAAAAACUUUCACCUUAUCCAAGCAAACAAGGUCCGCACCCGGUCGGUGGGCGAGUGUGUGGAGUAUUACUACAUGUGGAAAAAAUCAGAGCGCUACGACUACUUCACCCAGCAGACUCGUUUAGGAAGGAAGAAGUACGUCCUCCACCCUGGAGCCACGUGCGUGGAAUAUUCUCACACUAAAAUUAGUAAUAUUCACCCCCCAGGGAGGAUUCCUGCCGCAGAGCAGCUCCGCGUGAACGGCUACGCGCUCUGCUCUAGGAGGUUCCCUGG